CCAGUUUGCGGACCGCACAUGGAUCCCUGGAGCUGUGGCAGUCGCGAGCUUUUACCUUCACCCUUCAACCGGUGCUCAGCUGGGCGCGCACCACGUCUGAACCCUCACCGACUCGCAGUGAGUGCUGACGCACCUCGAGCUCCGCGUGCCUGCAUCCCCACACCAACGCCCCACGGCCAAACAACACAUUGCUGCAGAGCAAAGGCCAAAUUGGACCCUCGACCGUGCAGGCAGACCCCAGACCGUGACAUGACGUGUAUUUGAGAUGUCUGCUAUUAGCCAUCGCUCUGCUCCUCCUCGAUUGACCUGGAGAAAGCGAUGUCGCUGACGCCGUCCAACUCCCGCAUGAGGGAUGCCACGCUCGGCGCGGGCAUCAAGCUCACGCCCACGCCCUCGCCCUUCACGGCCCUCAAGAGCCAGGCCCGCUCGCCUCUCAAGCCGGCCCGGGCCGAGGCAUCUCUGGCGCUGCGCACCGUGAUAGGAACCACAACCAGCACCGCCAAUGCCUUCGACAGCCUGCCCACCGCGCGCCUCUUUGCGUACACCGCAGGCACCGCAGCCGUCGUGGCCACCAUCGACGCGCAGCACAACGUCUCCCAGCGCUUCUACCGCGCGCGGCCCACUACCAAUCCCAUCAAUUCCUCCUCAUCCAUAUACGGCGGGCCUGUCACGCCCACACAAAAUGAGAGCCGCAACAGAGCAGCGGCCUCAAUACGAGACGCCAGCCUUGGCGCAUCGCCGCUUGCAUCGCCAGCAGCGAACGAUUGGAGCGACUCACAGAACAAUAGAGCGUGGACCGCGCGCGAGAAGAUCAAGGCAGCGACGUGUGUGAGCUUCAGUCCGGAUGGCAAGUUCCUGGCCGUUGGCGAGACGGGAUACAGGCCGCGCGUGCUCAUCUUCUCGAACGCACCAGACGCACCCUCAGACACGCCCCUCACGGCCCUGACAGAGCACUCCUUCGGCGUCAAUUGCGUAGCCUUCAGCCCGGACUCGCGCUACCUCGCGAGCAUCGGCACGUCCCAAGAUGGCUUCCUCUACGUCUGGAGCAUCAACCCUCGCACUGGAGCUGCCACCCUGCACUCCAGCAACAAAUGCGUCAGCAACAUCAACCGAAUGACGUGGAUGGGCAACAGGCUCAUCACAGUGGGCACGCGACACGUCAAGGUCUGGUCUCUCGAGGAGCGUAGUCCUGUCCAAAGAGUAUCCAAAUCUCGCCAGAGCGACAUGUUCGUGGGCAGCACCAACAAGCCGCUGUCCGGCCGCAAUUGUUUACUGGUAGACCUGCAAGACACCACAUUCUCGAGUGUCUGUCAAGUCGCAGCAAACAAAGCAAUCGUUGCAUCGGAGCGUGGUGAUUUGUGCCUCAUCGACGAGACAGACCGAGAGCAGAGCUUCACACGCAUAGCGCAUGCUGGUUUUGCCGUCACCGCCAUGGCUGCCGACGACAAGGGGCGGCUGCAUCUUGCGGGAUCUCAUGGAGGGCUGAAAACCCUCACGGUGGCUAGUCUCACCAGCAAGUUGACCCCACCACCAUCGCCUUCCACACAGAGCUCACGAGGCGACUCGCCCGCUAUUUCUAUCACGGACUGCAGCAAUCAGAUCAGUGCAAUUGUGUGUCUGGCGGACCACAUCGUGACAGUAGAUUCUCAGCGCGCGAUCCGGCUGGCACAUCUCUGCGCAACGCCCCAGGACUGCGAACCCAGUGUGAACGAUGAGCCAAGUAUCGGCGACGUUAUCCACACGCUGCCUGCUCAAGGCGAUUCUGUACUUGGGGUGCGAGUCUUGUCUCAACCGAACGACCUCGAGGCUUCAUACUAUACAUGGGCAGCCGGCGGCAGCAUCAAAUUCUGGACCCAGAACGGUAGUAUCCAAAGAGCUCUCCAGGUGUCGCUUGACUACCCUGCUGAGCUUGAUACGCUGUCAAAUGAGCUCCGCACAGUCCGCGCCUCCUACGAUGCCAGCUUCAUCGUAACUGGGGACAAAUUGGGUGUGUUGAGGAUCAUUGACUGCAAGUUUGAGGCUGUGAUUUUCGAGUCGAGGGCGCACUCGAACGAAGUCACGAGCAUUGCCAUCUACGAGGACAAGGGUACUACUCUCGUCGCCUCCGCUAGUAGAGAUCGCACCGUGCAAGUCUUCAGUCGCGAGAGAGGCAGGUGGUCGCUGCUACAGACCAUGGACGAGCAUGCCGGAGCUGUUCUAGGCGUGCAGUUCUCACAAAGCGGCACAUGUCUGGUCUCAUCGUCCAGCGACCGCAGCAUUGUCGUGCGCGAUAUAUUGACUCGAGAAGAGGACGGUAAGACCAUCCGCGGGUUUGUCUUCGUCCGCUGCAUAGCAUUCAAGUCAACACCGGUAUCAAUGACAUGGGACGUUGAUCAGGAUGAUGUGCUGAUUGCGUCGACUGUCGACCGACAAGUUCACAAAUACGAUCUACAGAGCGGGCAGUGCCUCAGUGUCUUCAAAGCAUCCGACAAUGAUGGCGGCGAUGCUGUUGUUCUGCACUCGUUAGCUCACAUUCCACGCGAAUGGGGCUCACCACUCAUCGCCGGUGUAUCGAGCACCGACAAGUCCAUACGAGUCUACGACGAGAGCGGCACACUUCUUGCCCGAGACUGGGGCCACACCGAAGGCGUCACCGAUAUUGCGUUUAUACAACCUUCGUCUUCACAGGAGGAAGACUCACGGGAGAAGUCUCUCGUCACGGUCGCCGUCGACGGAACGAUCUUCGUCUGGAACCUCGCCCUGCAGUCCCCCUAUCGCCAAGAGAUGUCAAAAUCAGUGGACAUAAUCGAAACAUCCGCCCAGCUAACACCGAACCUCCUCACAACUAAGCCCCCUAUCCGCCGCGUACUGUCCCAAUCCGAGCUCGCCAAAUUCCAGCGCUCUCCAGACUCUACCGGCAGCGCAACCCCCACCGGCAACCGCUCCCCCACGCUCAAAAAGAAACUCUCCAAACUUUCUUUCCACAAAACCCAACCCCCAAAACUCGACCCCUCGCCCCUCCCCAGCGCACGCGAGAAGAAAACCGCGCCGGCAAGCCACAACCCCUUCCGCCGCAAAAACACAUCCCCCUCGCCCCCCGCGUCGCCGAAGAACCGCAACGGCCGCCGGCCCUCGCGCGCAAAUCUCAAAGCAGCGGCCCCUGCUGCGCCGGCUGAGGCGUCGCUCGCGGCGGCAACAGACACGCUCACGCGUGCGCUGCGCGCGUAUCGCAAGCAGCUUGCGUCGAGCAGCGAGGCGCUAGACGACGGUGCAAGGGGCGAGUUGCAGAGGGAUCUUGCAGCCACGGCGCGGGCGGUGGGGGAGUGUGCCAUCGCGAAGGACGGCGACGGGGAGAGCAAGGACGCGCAGGAGGCGCUCAUGGCGCGCCUGCUCGACUCGUACUCCGAGCGCCUCGUCAACAUCCUGGAUGAGCGGAUUGCGGCCAGCGCGGCGCGGCGCGCGGAUGUCCUGGUCGCGACGCCGGGGCAGUCGCCUGCGGAGUAUCGGCGGUCGCCGAGUCCGCUGGGCAAGACGGGGGACGGGGAGGCGUGUUCGCCCACGAGUGAGGUGUGA